UAUUAUUAAUUUAAAAAUUUUUUUCUUUUAGAAUAUUUUAACUGAUUGUCUUCAUUAUCAAGAUGAAAUAAAAACAUUACUUCAAUCGGAUAAACUUCAAUUAACAGAUGUUUAUUCAAAUUAUAUUGAACGUAGUAAUCAAUAUCAUAUGGAAUUACCAAUUAUUGAACGUUUAAAAUUAUUAUAUCAAGCUAGUAUUUGGUAUGAACUUGUACAAAAAACAUUAAAUCGAACAAUAUCGCCAAGUAAACUUCGAUCAUUAAUAUCAUAUGGACAAACAUUUCAAGCAUUACAUCAACGAAUACAACAAAAAAUUAAUGAAUUACAAACACACUUACAACAAUUAGAAUAUUGGGAUGAAAAAUCUCGACAAUUAACCAAAGACGAACCACGUCCAACAUUAAAUACCUUAGAAGAAUUUGUUAAAAGUGCUGAUGAAGCAAAUAUUCAUUUAAAUUCAAUUGAUAAAAUAAAAACUUUAAUUAAUGAAUGUCAUACAUGGAAUGAAAAAUUUGAACAAAUGCAACAAGGUGAACAUUAUCCAUUUUUAUCUUCAUAUGAACAAUUAUAUGAUCAAGCUCGACAUUUUCAUAUUGAUUUGGAACCAUUAAAAUUAAUUGAACAAACUAUUUUACAAGCACCUUCAUGGCUUGAGAAAACACAAACAAUUUUUCGUCGACCAGAUUCAAAUUUAACUUUUAUUGAGAUGAUUACACCACGUAUAAGUGUUGCACCAAAAACAAUAACAAAAAAACGACAAGCUUCAAAACGAAUAACAGCUGAUGGACCAAUUAAUGAAUCAUUUGGAAUUUUAGAUGAUACAAUUGCUAAAGUACUUGCUAGGGAUGAGAAUGAUCCAAAAACUGUGUAUAAAGUUUAUCGAGAAGCAACAAUGAAAGAAAUUGAAUGUCUUAAUGAAUUUCGUGAAAAUAAUCAAAAGAAACGUUUCGAUUCAUCAUCAACAUAUUGUAUAUGCGAAAAAGCAUAUUCUAAGAAAAAAUGCAUAGAGGAAAAAAAAUUGAUUCGCAAAUAA